UAAACCUGUGAACACCACAAAAUCAAAGAGAGGUCGUAAGGCGUAUAUAACUCCUGAAAAAACAGACACAACGGGCAAGAUGCAUUUUAUGAUAGUGAAGCGGGUUCCAACCGUCGUUAAGAAUAAGAAAAAGAGUCUUUGUAAAAACUGCGACAUUAACGAUGAAUAUAUUAAUACACUAUCAGAGCGCAUAAAUAAAAUAGAACACUUAAUCAAAGAUUUCGAAAAAGGGUUAAAAAAUUUUGGACAAAGAUUAUCUAAUGUAGAUAAUACUCAUAAUAAUGUAGACUUUCUACAAAUGGAUACAAACUCUCUAAUUGAACUGUCUAAAAGACCAGAAUUCGUGCCAUUUAACAAUAUAAAUUCCCAACCGCAAUUUACUCCCUAUUAUCCUGGCAAUGUAUACGUCAAUCAAACCAUUUCGCCUCAGUAUUUUGGAACUAUGCCUUUUGACAAUCGUCCUUUUUCAUUUUAUCAAAAUUGA